UAGUGCAAGAGCGUGAACCUUAGUAUUCGUGUGGCACGUCACUUCCGUACCACAUGACCAUCCAUAAAAAUCCAUGGCGGCGCACUGUUCUGCACGACUUGCAACAAGAGCAGCAGGCCUGGGUGGUUUUCUGCAGAGGGUUUGCUCUUUAAGAAGCUGUGGAAUUCCCACAGCCCUACUGUGUCAGCAACAUCGCCACCUCUUCUGGAGGAAGUGGAAAAGUUCUCAAAAUGUAGUUCGCCCAGCUACUGUUCGACCUGCCUAUGCAGUACCUAAGCACAUUGUGCAGCCUGUCUAUGUAGCUAGUGGGCUCGUCCCGGAAUGGCCAGACUACCUAGAAAUAAAAGACCAAGAGCAGAUUGAUGGCCUCGCCAGAGCGUGUCAGUUGGCCAGACAUGUACUGCUCCUAGCUGGACGCAGCUUGAGGGUAGGUAUGACAACAGAUGAAAUAGACUUCAUUGUGCACCAAGAGACGAUCAAGCACAACGCCUACCCAUCCCCCCUCAGAUACGGGGGUUUUCCCAAGUCAGUCUGUACUUCUGUGAACAACGUGAUCUGCCACGGGAUACCUGACAGUCGGCAACUGGAGGACGGAGAUAUCAUCAACGUUGAUGUCACUGUGUAUUUAGAGGGUUACCAUGGUGACACCUCAGAGACCUUCUUGAUUGGCCAGGUGGACGAGGUCGGGCGGCGAUUGGUGGAAACUGCCAGGCGCUGCCGAGACGAAGCCAUCGCUGCCUGCAAGCCGGGUGCACAGCUCUGUGUUAUAGGAAACACUAUCAGUGAAGUCGCGCAUGCCAGUGGCUUCCAUGUGUGCCCUUAUUUCAUUGGACAUGGAAUAGGUUCCUACUUUCAUGGCCAUCCUGAGAUUUGGCACCACGCAAAUGACAAUGAUAUGGUGAUGGAUGAAGGGAUGUCUUUCACAAUAGAGCCCAUACUGAUGGAGGGGUCUGCAGAGUUCAGGAUACUGAAGGACAAGUGGACUGCAGUUUCUACAGACAAUAAAAGGUCGGCUCAGUUUGAACACACGGUGGUCAUCACAUCUGACGGGGUGGAUAUUCUCACCAAACUGCCAGAAGAAGAAAUUCUAGACUUGAAUAAAUGAGACUGCUCACGCCAACAAGUUAGGAAUUUGUUUACCUCAAAAAGAUCACAUGGUGAUUCACCUGGACAGUUAACGCCUCUACCUGUAAAAUGUAUGAAAAAUAUUUGUUUUCUUAUUUUGCUUGUAUUUAUUAAGUAAGGACAACACGUACAGUAUCUGUAUUUUUAGUUAGGGUGUUUUUUUCACCCUAGGUUUUAGCGUACACAGAGAUAAAGUGGCUACUGGUGCAUCGUGUUACCCCAGCAGAGAUCUAUGCAUGUCUUGAGUGUUAGAACUGUCACUUUUAGAAACCCCAUUUGUCAGUCUGUUCUAUUGCUAUCCAUCAGCAGCUGACCAGCUGAUACAUUGGACAAUGGAAGUUGAUAAUGAUUUGUGACAAUUGAGAGGGACUUAAAUGGAAACAACCCGAGUAAUGCCUUGGUGUUGAUGUCUAAAAUCCAAAUUCGCCCGUUCACUUAAGAAAUUAAAGACUUGCAUCAACCAAA